CUGCUCAUCUGCCCACCAGCCCUCCCUCUUCCGCCCUCUUCGCCAACGCAGUCCCGCCAUGCAAGCACUGCUCUCGAAAGGAGCCAGCCAUCUCCGCAGGCCCGUCUUGUCGCUCUCUCGGACGAUGGCACUUUCCACAGCCGCUGGGCACCGGUCCGGUGAGCCCUUUCCUCGGAUCGAGCGAUUCCCGUUUGGCCAACUGCCGCCGAUCAAAACCCCACAGCUCCAGGACCGCCGUAUCGAAAAGGUCCGACUCUCGAACGGGAUCAACGCCGUUCUCGUGUCGGAUCCCAGUGCUCCGUAUUCAGCGGCGUGUCUAUCGGUCGAGGCUGGUUCCUGGAAGGACGGCAGGCACGAGGGAACGGCCCACUUCCUCGAGCAUAUGCUCUUUCUCGGGACCAAGUCGUUUCCAAAAGAAUACGAAUACGAGAGAUUCAUCUUCGACUCGAAUGGGACGUUGAAUGGAUACACCAGCAGCGACCACUCGCUCUAUUACUUUUCUUCGGUCUCACCAGAUGCAUUCGACGGCGCACUUGAACGCUUCUCAAAGUUCUUCCACGAGCCUCUCUUCAACGAGUCGUGCGUCGACAGAGAGAUGAAGGCGGUCGAUCAAGAGUACCGCAAGAACAUUGAGCAAGACGGAUGGCGCAUUCUGCACGUCAACAAGGAGCUGGCGAACCAGAGCCAUCCAUUCGCAAUGUUCAACACCGGAAAUCUGGACACCAUGAAGCUGAUUGACCGAGACUAUCUCCGCGAGUGGUUCAAGCAAAACUACAGCUCCAAUCUCAUGAAUCUGGUGCUCUAUGCCCCAGCAAGCAUCGAGAAGCUCGCUCAGAGUGCCGAGACGCUCUUUUCGGUGAUUCCGAACAGCAAAGUUGCUCGACUCUCGACCAAGGACAUGCCAAUAUUCCCGGAUUCUCUCAAGCGCAGCAUGGUGUGGAUCGAGCCUGUCAAGGACCUGAAACAAAUCUCCCUCAGCUGGGAAAUCCCACCGACCUUUGUCAACAUGUCCAGCCGAGCUGCCUCGCUGCUCUCGCGUGUGAUCGGAUACGAGGGCCAGGGCUCACUGCUGUCAUAUCUGAAGGAGCAGGCGUUGGCCGAAAGUCUCUCGGCCGGGGCCAGCGAAUACGGCGCCGACAAUGUCUUCUUUGACAUCUCAAUUGGGCUCACAGAGAAGGGCCUGAAGGACUGGAAGACGGUCGUCGGCUGUGUAUUCCAGGCACUCGAGGUCUUCAAGCAAUCCCCGUAUCCAGCCCAUAUCUUCAACGAGGCCAAUUUUGUCAACACUGUGCACUGGCAGUACCAGCAGCGUCAUCCCAACUUGGCUACCACCUAUACCAAGAUGCUGCGGAGGGAGGGGCUCGAGUCCUUUCCGGAGCGGUCGCUCUUCUAUCAGGAGUUUCGCCCCGAAUUGAUUGUGGAGCUGUUGAGUCGUCUGACUCCAGACGACUGCCUUACAACCAUGGUCUCGCAGGCACCAGAGAUCGAGCUUGAUCGCCGAGAGAGGUGGAUGGGCGCACGAUAUGGCUUGAUGCCCAUCGAUUUGGCGGGCCUUGUGUCCAAAAGUGUCUCCCCAGAGCUGUCCGCCAAAGUUUACUACCCGCCGCCCAACCGUUUCAUCCCCGACAACCUGGUGCUUCAUCCCGUCCUGCUCCCUGGCGACCCAUCUCCAUGCCAGAUCAUCAAGACCCCAAACAGCGCCCUAUAUCAUCAUCACGAUGCCGAGUUCCCGGUCCCAGAGAGCUUCUACAUCUUCAAGGUCAGAACACCGAGCAUACGACCACACAACGCCCGUUCGCUGGCCUUGGCGGAGCUCUACUCCCGGUUUGUGAAUGAAGAGCUCAACGAACUCAGCUACGAAGCUGCCAGUGGUGGUCUCCACUUUAGCGUCUCCGAGAGCGAGGGCACCGGCAUCAAGCUUUCAGUUGGCGGAUAUAGCCAAAAGACCUCGAUGCUGCUCGAGAGCGUCCUCCAAACGCUUCGUCGUCCGAGACUCGACAUCACCAAGUUUGAGAUCUUCAAGGAGAGCAUCGAGCGAUCAUACAAGAAUGCUCUCUGGAACCCGCCCAUGAGUCAGGCUAUGGAAAGACUCUCGUCGCUGAUCUAUACAGAGUACUGCACCUCAGCUCAGCUUGCCGAGGCCAUCGCCCAAGUGACUCUGGCUGAUCUGGCACAAUUCGCGGACACGCUCUAUGCCCAGUACAACGUCGAAGGGUUUGUCGGCGGCAACGUCCUCGAGCAGGACGCCCGCCGCGCCUGGGAUAUGUUGCACCACACACUCGGCGGACAGGAAUGCUCGCAGCAGCUCACGAAAAAGUCGUCUGUGGUGCCGUUGGACACGGCCCAGCCGCAACUGCACCAGUUCUCGGUCAACGUCAAGGGCAACGCCAUCCAAUGGAUCUCCGAGGUUGGCCCCAAGACCAUCGAGGAUCGUAUCGGCCAGGAGUUGCUCGCCAAGCUCUAUAAAGAGCCGUUCUACUCCGAGCUCAGAACCAAGCAGCAAACAGGCUAUAUCGUCGGCUCUUCGUCGUUCGAAAUGGAUAAGCGGCUGUUUAUGCAUUCGGUAGUGCAGUCGAACACACACGAUCCUCGCGACUUGCUCUCACGAAUCGAGCUCUUCAACGAGACAUUCCUUCGCGACUUGGGCGAGUCGAACGAGAAUCAGUCGCGGUUUGACUCGAUCAAGGCGUCGAUCCUCACCCGGCUCAACAACCCAUACGACUCGCUGGCCUCCAAGGUGCGGUUCCUGAACUAUGUGGCGUUUGAGGAAAAUGCCGACUUUGCUCUCCUGGAAAAACGAAAGCAGGCCCUCGCGGCCUAUCAGCUCGCCGAUUUGCGCAAGUUUGCGACAACCACCCUUGGAUGGGAGAACAAGCGACGACUGGCGGUGCUGGCAACAGGCAACUCGAGUGAGAACGUGGCAUUUUCGUACCGCGACUUCAAGGCCCGUCUCUGAGCCAGCGGAUCGGGGGGGCUGUGGUUAGUUUGCGCUCAGUCCGAUCGCUUCCCCUCCCUCCCUCCCAUGCAUGCAUGGGCGAUGGAAUCGUUUGAGGGCAAGCUUCCUUUGCAUCACAUGCAACAAGCCUCUCUCUCUCUCUCUCUCUCUCUCUCUCUUUCCUUCUCUCUUUCUGUCCGGCAAGGCUGAGCAAAGAAAAUACACCGCGGGCAAAUCAGCUUUGAGAGAGCGACGUGCCCUGUCAGUCC